AUGAGGGGCGCAGGUGGAUUCUACAAAGGCACGAACACGGAGCAGACGCCCUACUUUGGGGAUAAGGAAAAAAAGUUAAUCGAAAAAAUGACCUGGCCUGAAAUUUACAACCAAAAGAUUGACCUCACUAAGAUCAACUUAGAUGUGGUAGGCAAAUGGAUUCACAAAAGGCUCAUCGAAAUUUUAGGCUUUGAGGAUGAUAUACUGUAUGAGUACUGUGUCUCUCAGUUGAGGCUCGACCAGGAGGGCAUCGACGACGAGAGCGAAAAUUUCCUAAAUUCGAAGAGGCUGAAAAUAAAUCUGACCGGUUUUAUUGGAAACAAAAAAAGUGAAGUCUUCCUCCAAGAACUACUGGAACUUCUCAUUUCGAACGAGCAGAAUGAGAUGCAAAUUGUGGAAUCCGAAAUGGAAGCGAAAAGAAUCGAAAUUGAGCAAGUCAGAAAGGAGAAUGAGCUCCUGCAGAGGAACAUACAAAAUUUGAGGAGUAUAUACACAGAAAAUACAAAUCAGAAAGACCCCACCCCAGUGGAAAAAAAUGCCAAUGGAAAAACGGAUGACCCAAAUGGGAGGCCGCAGGACCCAAAGGGAAGGCCGCAGGACCGGAGCAAACAGAUUGAUGGCGACUCGCCCAAGCGUAGUGACCACAUCCACAACAGGAGGAGGAAGAAACCAACUAGAUGUUCUACUCCCGAAUCGUCUCGGUCCACCAGCGAGUUAGACAAACACUCAAAGUACAAAAGGAGGAAAAAUAAAAUAUAUGUAAAUAGGGAAAAGCAUCACAGUGAUGAAGACACGUCCAAUGGUGGAGACGAGGAGGAGCGGGACGACCCGGACGGAACGGUAAAGCAUAAGCAUCGAAGAGAGUUGGACACGGCGAAUGGUAGAGGCUCUGUGAAAGAGUUUGACGACGACAGUACCCGAAAAUCGUCCAAAGAUUCCAACGCGAAAGAAAUUCACAGCAUAAUGAAAAGGAAAAGCUACAACAGUAUGAAAAAGGGUCUUCGGGCUUGGUCUCCCUCCGAGAGUGAUAAUGG